GUUUAUUUCUUUGAGGCAGAUCUGGCAACCGUGGUAGCUUUAACCCUGCAACAACAUUCAUUCAUUGAUUAGUUAGAAAGGCUGCGCAUGCCAUCUGAAGGUUGCUGGAUGUAGUUGAAGUGGCUGUCCUGUGGUUCCCUUACAACCCUCCUCGAUUUUCCCUGCACUGCAUGGCUUUUCCUGAUCGCAUCUCUCCUCCCGUCACCGUACCCCUGAUCCGACAGCCCCUCAUGCUUUGGAUAAGGGCUGCUCACAGACUGCCUCAUGACUGCCUGGAUCGUUCUGCCAGUCAGCCUGUCGGCGUUCUCCAUCACAGGCAUAUGGAUAGUGUAUGCCAUGGCAGUGAUGAACCACCAUGUGUGUCCAGUCGAAAACUGGUCUUAUAAUGUGUCUUGUAAUGAGGAAACUGCCAAGAGGGGCUUCCCCAAGACCUGCUGUACUCUACAGGACAUCCCUCUCAUAAGCAAAUGCGGCUGCUACCCACCCGAAAGCUGUCUCUUCAGUCUGAUAGGCAAUGUCGGGGCAUUUAUGGUGGUGAUGAUUUGUAUGUUGCGUUACGCUCAUGUGGUCGAGAACAGCCAUCACUGCUGGGUCAACACAAGUGCACUAGUGUCAGGUUGUAUUAAUGCUCUGGGUCUUGUCAUGGUGGGCAACUUCCAGGUGGAUCAUGCGAAGACUCUGCACUACGUUGGGGCCGGUGUUGCGUUUCCUGCAGGACUGUUGUUCGUGUGUUUGCAGUGUGUCCUCACCUACCGCAUUGCUGAGACAGCGCUAGACUUCUGGAUGGCCCAUGUGCGCGUGGCUCUGUCAGCCGGAGUGCUGAUUUCUCUCAUCCUCAGUGGCGUCUUCUUCAUACACGAGAGCUUCAUGCUGCAGCACGCUGCCGCCAUCUGCGAGUGGAUCUUCACCGUCCUCGUCCUGGUUUAUUAUGGAACCUUUACCUACGAGUUUGGAAGCGUCAGCACCGACACCAUGAUGGCCGCCCUCGUCAACGGCAGGCCGCACGACCCCUCGAGCUCAGGAGUCAUCAUGGGAGGCAUAGGGAAAAGCGUUCCCAUUGGCUGUGGCGCUCACAGCAUAAAGUCACCCGGAGGAAGCAGCACCUCCACACACCUCAACUGCACCCCGGAGAGCGUGGCCAUGUUAUAGUGAACGGACAGGAGGUUAGGGCUCAGGUAAAUCACGGAUUUCAAUCUUUCUGAUCCGUGAGGUGCUGGAAGAGAGCAAGUGUAGUGUUAUAAAAGUUCUAAAGUUAUGUAUGAUACAAGAAAUAUACUUUCUUGAAAGCAGCUUUCUGACCCGAAAUCAAUAUUAACACUGACAAUAACACCUAAAUAAUAAAAGAGAAAAAAAUAAGGUCCUUCCUAGUUAACAUUAGCUGUAUAGAAUAGAAUAGAAUUUAUCCACAUUCAUAACCCCUGGACCAAACUUCAAGAUUUAGAGAGGGUUAGAAAUUUAAGGAACACCAAAUUUCACAGAUCCUUCAGUCAUCAAACUUCAGCACAUUACAAUAUGUGCUGAAUAUUGUGAAGGUGGUAAGGAAAAACUCCCAUCAGCUAUAAUUAUGAAUCAUUUACCUUCUAUAACUGUGUAAUAUAUAGUCAAAAAGUGCAAUUGUACAACCAGGGGAAUUCAUUAAUGAGUCAACUCUGACUCCAGCUCUUCUGAGCAUUUUGACAGUGUAAAGCAGGCACUUCAGAGCUGAGUGGCAUUUUUUUUGACGACCAGAUUUUUAUUUUAAUUAGUACAAGAAAAAUAGACCCUGUGACUUUCUUUCUGAACGUUAAUUCAUCGCAUUACCUGCCGAGUUGUUUGACACAGCGCUGAGUUUUCCUACAACUGACAAUUUACAUUUCAGGUAUUUAGCAGCACCCUUAUCCAGAGAUACUUACCUUUUUUUUAUUUCAGUUUAUAAAACUGAGCAAUUGAGGGUUUAGGUGCCCAGCAGUACCUGGGAUUCAGACUCAUGACCUUCUGAUCACGAGUCCAUCAGCUUAACCAGUAGGCUAUCACAUCCCGGACAAUGUCUUCUGAAUUGAUUCAGAUUAAAUCAAACACGGUGGACGGCACGAUGGUCAGCACAAUCAGCCGUACACCUAAGGAUGUAAAUCUGAAGAAUAAAAGAAGACAAUUGAAGUCAGAUAGGAAAGCAAAUCACGCAAACAAACUACCUUUCCGUCGUCUCGAAGACGCGUCGAAUUGAAAAGCAGAAAUAUUUUUACGUCACAUUUCUGUUUGUUAACAAAAUUUUGUUUGUUAAUUAAAUUUUCCCGCUUUUGUUUGCAAAAUGAAAUGCAAUGCAAUUUCACUUUGCGUUGCAUUUCAUUCUUAUCAGUUGGUGAGGAGUUUUGUACAGAAAUACAAGCACUGCUGUGCAAGGGCAGAGAGUAGCCUUUUUUUUUUUAAUGAGAAAAUAAUAGUUUAAUAUAGUCAAAAAACACCUUUUGCGAGCAAAUCUGCCUCAAAAUAAAUUGGAUUAUCCUCUAACGCAGACCACACAUGCGUUUUUUUCUUUGUUUGUUUUGGUUUUUUUUAAAUAUAUGAGACGAAUACACAGCAAUACGUUUUCAAUGACGGUAGUUUAGUUUAUAAUUCUGGAUAAUAAGUGACAGAUUUUCCAGUUGUCUUAAUUGUACAGCAUGCAUUCUGUGCCACUUUGAAUCAAGCUGUAUAACCUGUGUUUAAGAAGCAAAAACAGACGCUAUGUACACCAUAAACACCACCUAGGGUAGUUUCCGAAUGAAAACAGAAUUGAUCCAGUCACAGAAGAGAGAAAGGACAUUUUGUAAACUUAUCACGGUGCCACACUUUUUGUCAGUUAUCCAUGAGCCGAACCUUCACGUGUACAGUUUUACAUGCUGCUAAUCCGAUCGCUUUUGCACCACAAAACAGAAUGAAUACUAUUUAAAAGACAUUUCUAACGACUAUUUUUUAUGUUUAACCACUUCAACACAUACGAUACAGUAUAUUUCUUUUAAUUUUUUAGCAAAAAAUAUAUUUUACUACCUGGUGCUAAGACGAGGUAGAGGCAGUCGUUGACGACGGCCCACACAGAGUUUCUCGUCGUAUUGUUACCGUACGCUUGGUAGAAAAUCUGUUUAGCGCUCAUAAACGCUUCGUUUUGGUUUCAUAUCUCGAUCGCAAACCUCGCAACGUUGCAGCUGUUUCUUGCAUUAAAGAACAUAGUAUUCAUUCCACAAGUGACACUACAAGCUUCAGAAUUCAUAUUUUCUAGUUUCAGAAAUAGCAGACAUGUUAAUGUGAAGCUCAAACACGUCCUGAAUCUAUACAGCAUUUUAGUAUUUAGUCAGAGACGGGUGAUGCUUGAUGAUGAUAUGGACUAUUCCAUUGUAUUGUAGUAUGUUAUAUUUAUUGUUUGUUUAUUUUCCAUUUCUGACACUGCAAUAAUGACAUAUUGAACUGUGCCAAACUGGGGCUGGGCGAUAUGACGAUAUGAUAUGAUAUGAAUAUCGCGAUACAAUAACGUGAUACGCUUUUCUAAGUUCUGGACUGAUGGACUGAUAUAGUCUCAACUUUAGCUAUUUUUUGUACUUAAUGUUCGCGAAACCUCAUCAUACCAUGAUACCUACAGUAUAGUAUCCUAAAGAUGUCCAGUAAGAGUAGUAUGUACUGUAUGGAAUAAAAAAGAAUUUGUUACAGGAAAAUAAACAACACCAAAUUUAUUAUUUUCUCAUAAUUUUAUAUCAUAAAGUGUAUCAUUCCGUCUAAUUCUACAACAGUUUGCAAACAAUUUUAAAACUGUUGGAUUAAUAAAUUCACCUUUUAAUUUUUAACCGUUUAUAGUUACAUUCGGUCUUGCGUAGCGACCGUGAGAGGAGAUAACGUUAGCUGUUAUCAUUUACAAUAUAGCAGCUAUAAACUGUCAGUCCUCAACCAGCAUCUAGUUAUUUACUUUCUUUAAAAAGAGACAAAAAGCGUCCUUUCAAAAUUAUGUAGAGUCUCUGCCAUACAUGUCCCUGGAUUAGUAAGAGCGCAUUAAUAAUUAAUAUACAGUGAAAAAAUGACUCAACACCUACUGACCAAUCAGAUUUAAGAAUUCGGGAGUGCUGUGGUAUUAUGUGUGUGUGUGUGUAAAUAUAUAUAUAUGAUAAAUUUGCCAUAUCGCCCACCCCUGGUGCUUCAUACCUCUGUAAGAAUCUCUGUUAAACUGCAGAAAGUUAAUCAUACUAAUUAAUAAUAACCUUUUCUAUAACAGGCCAAAUUCAAAAGCCAGAAAUGAAAUCUACUACAGUGUUGUAAGGAUCUUACACAUAAGUACUUCAGGUUCAAACUUCGGUCAAAUGAUGCAAAGGCCCUGAUGAACUAAUCCUGAAUUGUUAAUCCUGAAACGGUUAGCAACAUGUCUGUAUUUGACCUUUUUCUCUUAUUUAUUUAUUUAUUUAUUUAUUUAUUUUACUUCUAAUCUGAGUAAAGCUAAUAAAUAAUAACUCUGUCCUGUUACGAUGAGUUACGUUCCGCUGUAUCGAAGUAUAAAGGCUAAAAGAAGGAUGAAAUGGAUCACCACAUUGAGAGUGGAGUCUUUAUUGAAUAAACAUCAAAUUUACAAAACCUUUCCUUUACUUGUACAAUAAAAAUGAAAAAUAAAAAAAUAAAGAUAUUAUAUAACAUUA